AUGCAUUGCGCCCACACAUUUCGUUCCCACAUCUCCUCCCCCCUCCAUAAGAGUCAUUUCACUUCCACCCCAUAA